AUGGACCUCCGACGAGGGCAGUUAUGUGCUCUAUCUCUGCUGCUCACUGCCUUUUCAUCUAUAGCAGAAAAUUCUGUGUCCAGAGUAAAAAGACAGGACUGUGGAACACAAAACUUCCAGUGCCAGAAUGGAGAAUGCAUAGAACACUUCAAAAUUUGUGAUGGAACUGCUGACUGUUCAGAUAAAUCUGAUGAAAAUAAAGUUACUUGCAGAUGGAGGCGGUGCUCCUCUGAUGCCUUCUUCCGCUGUGCAUAUGGUGCCUGUGUUGAUGUGAAUGCAGCUUGUGAUGGUACCAUCCAGUGUGAAGGUGAUGGCUCAGAUGAAGCCCCUGAGCUGUGUGGAACAUCUCCAGCCCUCAAGUGCACACUUCCACUCAAACACAAAAAUGGUGGCUACAAAGUGAUUGGCUGUGACUCCCAAUUUUGUGGGUUUGCACCAGGAGCACAAGUACCUUCUGGCACACAGCUGGAAUUCUUCUGUGAUGAAGGAUAUCAUAUAAGUGGGCCCAAUGAUUCCUAUUGCCUUGAUGAGGCCUUUACUCCACCGCCACCAGUUUGUGAGAAGAAUAGGGAAUAUUCUACCUCCAGCACAUUAAAUCAUGGAAAGUGUCCUAGUCUUGCAUCAGAAUCAAUUUAUGCUGAAUGUUUCUAUGGUGAAUCAAGGUUCACUUGCGACUGGGCAGUUCUUCCUGGAACAAGAGCAGUUGUGGAUUGCAGGUUUUAUUAUACAUCAGCAAAUAGACUAAAACAGAAUCUGACAUGUGGACAUGAUGGUCGGUGGAAUAGUGAAGUGAAGAAAUGCAAUCCAGCAUGUGGAAUGGUCCGACCUCAACACAUCCCUCUUAUAGCUGGUGGUGAAGCUGUGCAACACAGAGAAUUUCCAUGGCAUGUGGCAAUUUAUAAAAAUGUGGAAAAUAUUUACAAAUACAUUUGUGGUGGUUCUUUGAUUUCUCUUAAAUAUGUACUGUCAUCUGCUAUUUGCUUCUGGAACAAUGCAAAGUAUGUGAAAUAUCCUGAGGAGCUUUUCAGAGUAAUAGCAGGAAAAUUUCACAGUAGCUACACCACUAAAGAUCCUGGCCAACAAGAACGAGCAGUAAGGGCCAUUGAUAUCCCUCAAAGUUUCCUGGGGUCAGCAACGGCAUUUCGUGAUGACAUAGCAGUACUGACAGUGGACUUCCCAUUUCAGCUAACAGAGAUGAUUAGUCCUGUGUGUGUGGACUGGGAUGAUGUUUACGAUGUUGGACCAGGUGAUAAGGGACAUGUUGCAGGCUGGGGUGUGACAGAAACAGGAGAACCAAGUGAAGAACUGCGUUCUGCAGAAUUUCCUGUAAUUGCGUAUAAUGAAUGUCUCAAGACAAUUAAACCAAACUAUCGUAUCUACUUUGGACAUGAUAAGAUCUGUGCUGGACACAGGAAUGGGACAACUGCAUGUAGAGGAGACAGUGGGGGAGGGCUCACCUUCAUACAUGAAAUCAAUCCCUUACCGCCUUCAAGUAAGUCUUAUUUUGUGCAGGGAAUUGUUAGUGCAAAUGGACGUCCGAGUCGACGUGGUGCUUGUAACCUAGAAGACUAUGUUGCAUUUACAAAAGUGUCAGAAUUUAGAAGUUUUCUUAACAAAUACAGAGAGUAA